AUGCUUCAGACAAUUAAAGACUGGUUCUGGUUGGAAGAAUUAUGGCUUCCUCCCACGAUGAAAUGGUCAGAUCUCGAAGAUCAUGAUGGACUUGUCUUUGUAAAACCUUCUCUUUAUAUAACAAUUCCUUGUGCUUUCCUCCUGUUAAUCAUCAGAUACUUUUUUGAAAGGUUUAUUGCCACACCUCUAGCAAAGACUUUGGGCAUACAGAAGAAAAUCCCAAAGAAGAUUCAACAUAAUCCUGUCUUGGAGACGUUUUUCCUCCAAACUGCCAGGCAUCCUUCCCAAAAUGAUUUAUAUGGUCUAGCAAAGAAGUGUAACCAGACUGUACAGCAGGUUGAAAUAUGGUUUAAGAGACGGCGUAGUCAAGAAAGGCCUUGCAGACUAAAGAAAUUCCAAGAAGCUUGCUGGAGAUUUACAUUUUAUUUAUUCUUAACUAUUGCUGGAAUUGGAUUUCUAUAUGAUAAACCUUGGCUCUAUGAUCUGUGGGAGGUUUGGAAUGGCUAUCCAAAGCAGCCAUUGCUACCAUCUCAGUACUGGUACUACAUUUUAGAGAUGAGUUUUUAUUGGUCUCUGCUGUUUAGUCUUGGAUCUGAUAUCAAGAGAAAGGAUUUUCUAGCCCAUGUAAUCCAUCAUCUGGCUGCUUUAAGUUUGAUGUGCUUCUCUUGGUGUACUAAUUAUAUUCGUAGUGGGACAUUGGUGAUGCUUGUCCAUGAUGUUGCUGAUAUUUGGCUUGAGUCUGCUAAAAUGUUUUCUUAUGCUGGAUGGAAGCAAACAUGUAACACUCUAUUUUUCAUCUUUGCUGCUGUGUUCUUUAUUACCCGCCUAAUAAUUUUCCCCUUCUGGAUUUUGUACUGCACAGUGAUUCUACCUCUACAUUACCUUAAGCCUUUCUUUUCAUAUAUUUUCCUCAAUGUGCAACUCUUGAUCCUGCAAGUCCUUCACCUCUACUGGGGCUACUACGUCCCUGAAAUUCUCAGAAAAUAUGUAUUGAGAAAGGAGAUUGAGGAUGUAAGGAGUGAUGACGAAGAAGAGUCUGCUGAAGAGGAUGAACCGGAGUGUUUGAAGAAUGGUCGUGGGACAGGCAGGAAUCCAAUUCCCAAUGGUCAGCCUGGUCAUUAG